CGGAUUCGAGGCACCGCAUGCCGUGGUAUCAACCGCACUUCAGAGUUUGUCUUUUUGACGGUGUCCUCCUUUAUUUUCUCUACAACGCAUCACUAGGGUAGAGAGAUCGGACAGCAGAUCAAUGGUCGAAGACAAGUCAAGCAAUACCACCUUGCAGCAGGUGGCAUUCACUGAUUUCAUUCCACUGAGCUACUACUAUACACACAUCACAUGCACAUCCUUUCAUCUUCCUCCUUCCAGUAGUGCGUGUGAACUGGAUCACCGAAGAAUCCUAACAUGGCCCGGUAGUGCGUGUGAGAUGUGGAAGUGAAACCCAUCGAGUUCAACUAUGCUGCAGAUCCUGGUCUACAUUCAGGCCUUAGUGUUGAAUGCUAAGCCUUAUUUCAACGAACCUGGUCAUGCGGCGUAUGCUAACACACCCGGCGGGGAGAAGCAAUCCCUUUUAUAUAAUGAAGAGACUUUUCUGCUAUCCUGCAGAACUAUGUUGUAUUCGCUUCGCAACCCACCAAACCAUUUUGAGCACUUCAUUGGUGGCCAUUUCCGAAAGUAUGGGCGCGACAUCCUCGUAGGAUGCAAAGCUUACAUGGGUGGUGCCCAGGUUGGAUGCCUCGCUGGAGAUGGAGUGCAAGACGUCGAUGAGGGUGACAAGAGCUGCUCGCAAAACUUCAAGUGCUCACUGGAGACGUUAUUUAAGGGCCUCGUGGAUGAAUUCACCAAUUUAGUUGUGGAUUGUCAUGAGUUCCAAGCCCAGACUGCGACCUCUGUAGUAGCUGCAGCUGACACCACACUGAGGCUAUAAAUAAGCAUAGUAGGUGAUCCCAAGUAGGAGAUUGACAAAGUUUUGUUUUGGUGGAAUAUAACCGUAUAGUAGUUAUUAAUUGGUUCUAUCCUCGGAAAUAUGAUAGGAGAGCACAGGGCUCGCAUUUGUGUGCAACUGAUCUGUGUAGUCCUCUUUUGCAACUAUCUGAACAGAAGUUGCAGCUAUUUAUCCAA